AUGGAUCCAGCUUCAGUGAAAUCCGCGCUCCAAAAUCUAGCCUUUGGAAAUGUAAUGGUCAUCGCGGCUCGCAAUUACCAGAAGGAAUUGCUUGCCAAUGAAAAGGCACCGGCCACGAGCUCUGUCAACCAGGAAGUCGACCUUGACGAGUUGAUGGAUGAUCCUGAGCUUGAAAAAUUGCAUGCGGAUCGGAUUGCUGCUCUAAAGAAAGAAGCUGAGAAGAGAGAAGCUUUAAAGAGGAAAGGGCAUGGAGAAUAUAGGGACUGA